UUAUAUUCUGGAUGAUACGUUGUAAUAUUGAGACCUUUGUUCUAUGAUAUUACAUCUUGAAACUGUGUGUGCUAGUGAGUCGAUCCAGGGACUAGCACUAAAGCACAGAGAUCGAACCCUUGUAAGGGGGCGGUCUUUGGAUAGGCUGGGUUUUCCCAUAAGCGAUGAGUUCGCUACAGAUAUAGUUCUGAACUCUCUUCCUAGUGCAUAUGCUCCGUUCAUCUCGAACUAUCACAUGCAUGGUAUGGAUAAGAAGCUCACUGAACUACAUGGGAUGCUCAAGACAGCAGAGGCUGACCUCAAGAAAGGCACCAGUCAAGUGUUGAUGGUGCAGAAUAAGGCUAAGUUCAAGAAGGGUUCUUGGACUAAGAAGAAGAAGGCUAAGUCAGGAGGCAAAACUCAGGACUCUGUCCCGAGCGCUGCCUCAGGGACUAAGCCAUCUCCUACAGCUGGAUCCACUUGCUUCUAUUGCAAGACGGAUGGGCACUGGAAGAGGAACUGCAGCAAGUUUUUGGCUGACAAAGCCAAGAGUGGAAGUGGGACUUCUAACUCAGGGGCUGGUAAGAACUAGGAGCGUGGCAAGAGGCGAGGUUGAUAUUCGAGUCGGCAACAAAGCGAGAGUCGCUGCGUUGGAAGUCGGCACGAUGCAACUUCAUUUACCUUCAGGAUUCUUAAUGGAGCUGAAUAAUUGUUAUUAUGUUCCAGUGCUUAGUCGAAACAUUAUUUCUGCCUCAUGUUUAAUGAGACAAGGUUAUGAGUCGAAUAUUAAGAAUAAUGGUUGUUCUUUAUAUUUGAAAGAUAUGUUUCACGGCUUUGCACCCGUCCUGGACGGGUUAUUUAUUUUGAA